AGAAUAUUUGCAAAAUUUACCAAGUUUUUCCUGGAACACGAAACUAUAUGCAUGCUGCUUGUCUGUCUGUCAAUUUCUUUGGCCAGUAAAUCAACAAGUUCUAUAUGGUCAUUCAUUUAGUUGUUAGUGUUCUGGCUGCUGUUAACUCUUGGAUUAACUUUGACAGAAGAAACCUAGGAUUAAACACAUUCCAACAUAAAAUGACUUGUAAAUCAACCAAGAAAAAGGAAAAGCCAACCAAAUUCACGCACAUGUUUCUUUGUAAGAUAUUCCAAGCAUGGAGAUCUGUGGUCCAGGAAGUACGGUUGAAUGUCAAGGAUGAAGUAGACAAUGUAGAAAUAUUGGUAAAUAAAUCCAAGUUUUCUACAGAGAAGGCACUGAUCCCUGGAGUAGUUGGUCUGAGGAACCUUGGAAAUACGUGUUACAUGAAUUCUAUUCUUCAGGUUUUGGGGCAUCUGGACAAGUUUCGUCACUUUUUUGUGAGUAUGCCCAUUAGGUCACUGACCUCUGUCCACUCAUGUUGUCACUCAUGCCCUCACAACCAGAUCACCACAAACAUUGGUCAAAGCUGUAACAGCACAAACAACUCUCGAAACCGGAAUACUGAGAGCUUGCAGAUGCUCUUCCUGUUGCAAGCCCUUCAUUGGUUUUUCAGCUCCCUUUGUGAAGAACUACGGUCUCUAUUCCAAGCUCUCUGGUCUGGCCAGUCAUCCGUUGUCAGCCCAAAUGCUUUACUCCAAGCUGUCUGGGAUUAUAUUCCAGCUUUCCAAGGUUAUUCACAACAAGACGCACAAGAGUUUUUGAGUGAACUUCUUGACAAAGUCCAAGCAGAGUUGCACCAUCUUGGUUAUAUCAACAGAUCUCAAGAUGUUGUCACAGAUACAUUCCAGGGGGAAUUGGUCAGUGAGAUAACAUGUUUGUCCUGCGAACAGAAGUUUCAAACCUAUGAACCAUUUAUGGAUUUAUCUCUUGAGUUUCCAUCUCGCUACCAGAGAAAGUCUCCGAACUGGAAGAUUGCCAGUAAUGUUUGUCAUAUAACAGAAAUGCUUUCCCAUUUCACAAAAUCAGAACGUCUGGAUGGCAGGAUAUAUGCUUGUGAUUCUUGUAAUGGUAAAAGACGAUCAAAUUCUUCAGCUAAAAUCUACACCAAAAUCAAAAAGCAAUUUUUAUUGAGCAAACUACCUCAUGUCUUGCGUCUUCACCUGAAACGGUUUAGAUGGUCGAAAGGUAACCACAGAGAGAAGAUAGCCACACACGUCUCAUUUGACAAGUUUUUGAACAUUCAACAGUUUUGUGCCAAAUCAAUGAGCAGCAUACAAUCCCAGCGUGUUUACCAACUCUCAGCCAUUAUCAUCCAUCAUGGUAAAGGUUUUGGGUCAGGCCAUUACACAGCUUUCUGUUGGAGCAAAGAGGCUGACUCUUGGAUACUCUGUAAUGACACAAAUGUGCAACAAGUUCCUAUGAAGGAGGUGUUCAAGUCCCAAGUGUACAUCUUAAUCUUCUCCCUACUAAAUCCUUCACAGGAGCUACCAAAUGACAUUAUCACUUCCACCUCCACCACUGCCAUCCCUGAUCUUGCAAAAACCUAUAUAGAAACUACAGACAGCAGCAGGUCAACAACAAGGGACUCUUUCACUCAUAUACCGACUACCUCGGAGAAGAAUACUGACCCCUUCGACCUGUCUCCUCCUCCUCCUCCUCCUCCUCCUCCCAAGACUGCAGUAAAGUCCUUCCCAACCAAAACGGUGGCCACUCAGCAACGCAAGAUUCCAUGUUUGUUAUAUUUUGAAAGCCCCUAUUACACAAGAAGCAAAAGCCGACGCAAGCGAAGAGUCUGUGUUUCUCAGACACUAAAUAUGGUAACAAAAAAGUUAACUACUCUAUCAUUCUCUGUGUUCUGUAACCCAUCUGAGACUGUUCCUGGUUCUAUAUUUCCUGUUUAA